CUCUCUCCCCUUUGUAAAGCAGAAAUCUACAGAACAAACAUCACUUUCACCACUAUAAGACACAUCACAACACACACCCAUCUUCUUCCUUCUUCCUCAAGAACCCUCCUUUUUCUCCAUCUCUCCCAUCAAUUUUCUCUCCUGGGUCUCCGAUUUUCUCGCUCAUUCUCUGGUUUUUCCUCCGAUUCUCAGAGAAAAUCCAUCUGGGUUUCUCUUGUUUUCUCCUCAAACGCUUCGGAUUUUGUUCUCCUUUUGCAGAUUCUCAGGGAUUCUUUUCAAAGCUGGGGUCUUUUUCGGAUUCGUCGGUUUAUGCCGAUCGCAUCAAAGCAAGCUUCUUGAUUCCCUUAGUAUACGAUUCUUUGAUUUCCCUUUCUCCUCAGAUUCCUAUAUCAUAUCCUACAAAAAGCUUCAGUCUUUCUGGUUAACAAAUCACCGCCCCACCUUCAGACCACCAGAGUAUGACCCUUUUCGAGCUCUCUUCGUAGCGAAAACGUUUCUUGCGCCUUAAGCAAAUGGAAACUCUCCACCCUCUAUCUCACGUCUCCAUGUCUGAUCGGUUCGCGCACGAGAUUAUGAACAGGAGCGGUACGUGGACUAAAGAAGAGAACAAGAAAUUCGAGAGAGCCCUCGCCAUUUAUGCGGAGGACACACCGGAUCGAUGGUUCAGAAUCGCUGCUAUGAUUCCCGGGAAGACGGUUUCUGACGUGAUGAAGCAAUACAACAAGCUUGAAGAAGACGUGUUUGAUAUCGAGGCUGGAAGAGUACCGAUUCCCGGUUACCCUCCAUCCUCCUUCAGGUUCGAUCACCGUGAUUUCGACGCCAAUAGAAAACGACCUAUUGGAGGGAGAGGAACCGAACAGGAGCGGAAGAAAGGUGUCCCUUGGACAGAGGAAGAGCACAGGAGAUUCCUUCUAGGGCUUCUGAAGUACGGGAAAGGCGACUGGAGAAACAUAUCGAGAAACUUCGUUGUGUCGAAGACGCCGACGCAAGUGGCAAGUCACGCUCAGAAAUACUACCAGAGACAGCUCUCUGGUGCUAAAGAUAAACGACGACCGAGCAUCCACGACAUCACGACCGUUAAUCUUCUGAACGCCAACUCAAGAAACAAUCAGAGCCGUCCAUUGCCUGAUCAUCGGUGCGGUUUUCUUCCUCAAACCCAUCAGAACGCAGAGGUUUUCAGAGACAAUGAAGCUGAAAAUGCGGCAUUUCUCGAACAGAACCUCUCUUCAGGUCUGCUGUUUUCGCCGACUUCGUCUCCAGAUGACGACGACGCAGCUUUCCUGAACGGAAUCAAGUUCUUCGGACAAAACACCUACAGUCCCGGAGCUUACAGGAACUCACUGUUCUUGUGAGGAAUUUUGAACUGAAAUCAUGCAUCAGAUGCCGAAACCCAGUUCGUGUUUUGUGUGUGUUUCAACUCCAAAUUAUUAUAGAACAAUAGUUUCUCUUCACAUUCUUAGAAAUUAUUAUGAUGGGAUCAUUGUGUAUAUCUGUGUGUAUGUUUUUUCACUGUGUAUCAGAUUUUACAUAAAUAUAUUUAAGAGUU